UCGCACCGGGCACCUGUAGAAACAUGGCGGUACAGCACGGCGGGAUUUGUAGAGGAAAGCCAUGCUGGAGUUAAUGAACAGGUAGUGCACAAGUCCAAACCUACUUUGAUAUGAUUAUACCUUAAGUCAGCUUUCCACAUCUGCCCAUAGACUUCCAACUUCUACACAUUGAACCUUAAAAUUAAAAAAAAGGACGCUUUUCAAAUGUAAGAUGCUGAGGAUCUGACUUCCAUCAGUCAGCUGUUUCCACUCACCAGUUUUCUAAUGGCUUGGCUCACUCAACCACAAAUGAUGCAGCUGAAUCCCUCCAGAUACACCUUCUUAAUUUGGCGGAGGGGGAUCAUUAAGAAAGGAAACGGCAGCAAACUCAUUCAGGAAAUCCCUCCAGCCGGGUGUGUCGCACCAUCACCAACUUCAAGAGUGAAGGCAGCACGCAGAGAAACAGUUUUAUAGGUGUCACAUAUGGCUGUGGGAUCAAAUGACUGUUUAUCCUCCCUGUGGUGAUGCCUGCAGCACCUCAGGGACAUCAAAAGGGAUCAGACCGUUCAGGUAAGGAGGGAGGAGGGGGGGACUUGAAAUGGCCACAUACAAAAACACCAAACCUCAACUGAGACACAAAAAGAGCUCAGAGCACUUCUCAGCAGAAGCAGCAGAUAAUAAAGCAUGGGUCAUUUAUAGUAGAGAUUAAAACUAACAAGCUACUUAAAGCCUUGUUUGCUUUUAGUCCCCUUGUGAAGAAGGCUGAAAUGAAAGGUGAUGACUUUUUAUAACCUUCAAGAGAAAACAAGACCACCAGAAACAAGACUGACUAUACUUUAUUAUCAUUUGUAUGCCUGAAACUGCUGCAAAACCAGACGACUGAGAGCGUGAUGAAGACACAGCAGCAGAUAUGACACAUUUAAAGAGAGCAGGAUGAGAUUUUUUUCACAGGAUACAGCCUUGGCAUGUACAAAACUAGACCAACAGGGGGCGCCAAAGCCAAAACAUAAGUAAAGUUCCUCCCAGCCACUUUGAGAUUUAAAGGGACGUUUUUAGAAAUGGCAAACUUUGUGUAAGAGGAAAGUUGGAUUUUCCUUAUUUGCAAUUAAGAUGAUAUUUUGUUUAUGGACUCUGUUGCUGGAUGUCUCUUGUGUCACACUGCAAAUUAGUCUUUUGAUAGCAAUAGCAAUGUUAUUUAUAAAGCACAUUUCAUUACAAAUAGCAAUUGCAAUUUUUUUUGGGACUAAAACAGUGAAAAGCAUUUAAAUUUCUCCUUCUGGAUGAUUUUUUUUGUUGUGCACACAAAAAAAAGUGUAAAUGUAAUGUCAGAUGAAAUAAAUCAAGGAGAAUUUGUAAGAAAUAGACUUUCUGUUAAGAUAGACGUUGGACAGAAAAGUUGGUUUGAGUUUUCUUUUCCUCUUCAUCGUCUUUGGUCAGGGACUUACCGUGAUUGACUGGAUCUUUGGCUGAAUCUGCAGCAUGUUCAACCAUCAUUUUAAACACCCAGUGUCCAGACCUGUUCCUGCUCUUUGUCUGCAGUGGACCCCAGAGCCUCCGUGUUUUUAAAUGCAUAAGCCCCGAGGGUAUUUCCAUUUCUGUCAAAGAGCAAGUUUAGCCAGCGGAGUGUGUGAGUGUGUGUGUUUGUUUAGAGAUCAAAGAACCAAACCACUGCUGCAUUAAUCAGAGAGAAACAGGUCAGAGGACUUCACACUGCUGGACUGACCAUACCUGCUGCUCUGAUGAAAGCAGUGAGGUUUAUCUCUCCCUCUGAAUAAAGACUUUCUCUUUGACUUUUCACAGCCUUUAAACAUUCGCUUCAGCUGAUGAUAUCUAUGUGAAAGUGCGCCUGAGGAGCUGAAGUCUGUGAGGUACAUCUUGUAGCUGAAGAAUGAGAUGUGAGAGAGGAUGAUGUUCCAUAUCAGUGUUUUUAUGAGGCAUGAAAAUCACACUUCUGAGGAGACUGAUUUAAUGAAGCUCUGUUACUAAUGUCUGAAUAGUUAUAUACUGCAAUACAUCUUACAAGAGUUCUUUGAUUUGAGUACAAAUGGCCUCCUGUGCAUACAUACAAACUCAGGAGGGCGAUGAAAGCUUUCACCACUAGAGGGAGCUAUAAACCAACAUAUGGAUAUUACUACCUGCAGUUUUCGAAUACAAAACAUCACAUCCAAUGCAGUUUCCUCAUAUAGCUGUGUCAUCAUUCAUAUGUAAGUUUAAUAAUUAACACUUAUACGCCUUAAAAUGACAACACAGUCACAUCUUCUGAGCUGGAUAGACGUCCUCUAGAAGUUAUAGUCACCUUUCUAGCUUUAUCAUAACUUCUACUUUCUUGAGGCAGAAAGUGAGUUUGUAUUUUUGUGAAUUGUGGAAAUCGUUGAUAGAAUAGUUGAUUAUAUCAUAGAUAACUUAUUUCCUUUUGUGUCUGGGAGCUGCCAACCACCUCAUAUGUGUUUGUGUAUUCAUUCAAAGCACCUGACACCCGGCAGGCUGGCCAAAACACACACAACCAGGUACAGAGACGGUUUCUUUCCAAGGGCCAUCACUCGUCCAUGCUGCUAGUCUCCUUAUAACUCUGCCAUACUUCUACCAAUCUGUAUGUUAGGAAAUAGUCAUGCGCAAUAUUUAUAUUUUAUAGUUUUACAGUUUGUUCUGAUUCUUAUUGAGUGGAAGAUGUGACUCUUGGUUGCUGCCAACAGUCCUGACACCACAAGUGGUCACACCUGUAUUUAUUAGGCAUCUCAGGUGUAAAACCAUGCCUUAUCAGUCCUGCCUACACUCAAGUGAUGUAAAUUUGUUAUGCAUAGGUCAAAGUUUUCAUAACGAACAACCUCAAACCUCACAGGAGCAGCAGCUACAAUGUGUGAUUGAGCUGCCUGUCUAUCCUCAUGGAAGAAGACUAGAACUGAUUUAUGUCCUUUAAUCCAGAGGAUAUGCAUCUAACAUUAAAUCAGCCCAAUAAGGAGACAUAAUGGUGAUAGAUUUGGGAGGAACAGAACUAUGACAAUCAUUGAGGAAAAGAGUACAGAGUUUUAACCUCUGAUGGUUUGCAUACAUUAGACACAUGCAGUUUCCUUACUCAUUUAUCAGGAUCAGCAUUCUGCUAUGUGCACAACACACAACACCUUUCUGCUGUAAGCCCCUGCUGCAAACGCUCAACGGAAUCUGAUUUUUUUUUUUAGAGCACUUGGUUUUGCUGAGUUUGCACGUUUCCGUAACUGCAGUACCAGUUACCGCCGCUGCGUGUCGCUGUGUACCUUCUAUCUGCUGUAAAGGCGUUGUGUGUCUCAGCUGUGUUUGAAUGUAAGGACAGCAGACUGGAUCCUCCGCUGUCUCGAUGAACAGGAACACUUUCUGAUAAAAAUCAUAUUUUUAAAUAGAAGAAAAGUCAAGUUUUUGUGAAGUAUCGUGAGACCUUGAUUCAAAGUCACAACCCUGCCUAUACUUGUACUCUGUAUUCUAACUCUAAAAGGACGGGCUGGUCUUGUGACUGCUGUAGUGAUUUACCUCUGUGCAUUGUUUCAGGCUGCAACUGAGCACCUAUGUUAAUCGACUGAACCCUUUAAACAGGGAAUGAUCAUGACGUGCCUCUUUUACUGCAAGCAACAUAUUUGAAAGUGAAGUUAUUUUCAGUAUCACCAUUGCAUCUUCAAACUAAAGGGAUGCUUUUAAUAGGGAUUAGUCUGCACGGGAAAAAUGGCUUUUAUUUAAGGGUGAGCCUGAGAAGUGUGCAAACGUUUGAAACCUUUUAAGCUGGCCUUUUAGAAAAUAUAAACCUCUCAUCAUGCGCGUAAAACCAAACAGCUCUGUCUGUGUGAAAUCCACGCAGAGUGCUGAGUGUACACUGCAGGACCCGCUGAGGGAGGAAGAGGUGGUGGUGUUGUGGUGGUGAGACAGAAAAGGAGGAGGGUGCACAGUUAAUGUGCAGAGUAUCAUAAAGAGGUCAGACAUCGGACAGCGAGACUCCCUUUAACUUAAUCUAAAGAACAAAGCUGCAUGGCAGAUUUUGACUCCUUAAUUGUGCAUCAUGCAGAUAGUGCUUUUCUGCACGCUGUAUGGCCGUCGUUCCCCUAGUAGUCCAUCAUCGGACGCACAACACCGUAUACUGAGAAAAUAGAUCUGCGUCCGAUAAUGGAUGCAUCCCCAGCAGCUGCUUGUGUAAGCGUAAAGACGACCUGAAAGUGCAGCACUAUAACACUCAGACGCUGACAUCUGGGAAACUCCACUCGGUGUUCUCUGAGAGACAACUCAAAUCGCUGCGCUUUGCUCGGCGCACAGCCAAAUGGGCAUCAGGGGCCGAUGGGAAAUCAGGGUGGGGGUUGUGCGUACUUUUUUGAAAGGGGGAUGGACGAGCCACCGUGGCAGCCAAUGAGAGAGCCGCCCGAGAGGUUGCUGCUCUGAGUGACGAGAUGUAGGGAGGUUAUAUACUUCAGAUCUCACUACGAAGGUACAUUUAAACAAAUCAGUGAAGAGGGGAGAUACGUGCGAGAAAGAAGGAGACACACGUCUUUUCAGGCAAAACAACAACAACAACACCUGACUCUCUUAUCUUGGAUCAAAGUCUAUUUUGUGUGUUUUUUUGGAAAAACUUGGAGAUGUCCAACGUCCAGUUAACAAGCAGUGCGCUGGAGAGGCUGGUGGCCCGGAGGACCUUCCCUCUCCACCGGCGCACCAGCGUCUGCCGCAACCUCUUCGGAUCGGUGGAUCACGAAGAGCUGAACCGGGAGAUGAAAGACAAACUCCGGGAGAUUUCCGAUCGGGACCAGCAGAGGUGGAACUUUAAUUUCGAGACCAACACACCGCUGGUUGGGGACUACGCAUGGGAAGAAGUGGUCGUGGAUAAGACCCCCGUGUUUUAUCAGGACUCUGUACAGGACGAGAGGACCAGGGUGCCGGCGACGCCCGUGAAGCAGACACCCAUCAUCACAUCGGACUCUGUUCUCCCGGAGACCUCUCAUAUGGAUGUACUGGAGCGCUUGGCCCUGCCCGACUCUAGCAGCACCCCUUGCACGACUGAGGUCAACCAGGAGAACCGCACAGACAAGCUGAACUCAGGGAAAACGAGUCAGAGACAAGUCCCGUGUUUGAGACGCAAGAGGCCGACCACCCCUGACAACAACACACACAUCACAGACUUUUUCGUGAAACGAAGGAGGGCUGCUGACAGAAAAUCAAGUGAUAUGAGCGCGUGCCACCUCUCCAAAUCUCCAAUCCCGGUGGAACAAACUCCAAGAAAGAGAAUUCGCUGAAGAUGUGUGGUUUUUUUUUUGUUUGCACUAUUUUGCCUGCGCAUUUUUUGGGAACAAGAGGAGGUCGAUGUUUCUUCCAGCAACUUAAAGAACACCGGAGAGGAAAGCAGUGAAUGAGGGGACGGUGUGUGUUGGAGACAAAGCCCCCGACCGGACGGCUGCUCCGGCUCGGUUCGCCCCGGCGGAGCGCAGCCGGAAUCCGGAGCAGACUCUCAGGACUGAACGGUUUGGGGGAGGAAAGGAAGGGAGAGGAAAAAACUUCCCUGAAUGACUUCUAUCCAGUACAAAUGUAGCAUUGUUGCUUUUGCAUACAGCCACUCGACAGUGUUAAAUGUUUUAACAUCUGUGCAAUCCUAAAUAACUUAAAAAGAAUUGUCUACACUGGCCAAAAGUGUACAGCUUUAUAGAGACAGUAGCUUAAAUUUGUUUUAUUCUGUUCUGGUUUCUCAGUAAAUGUAUAUUUUUAAGACUAUUUUAACUUAUAAUUUAUUUAUGUUUCCUUAUAUUUGUGAAAUGCCUUGUUGAUUUAGCCACAAGGGCAUGACUUUAUUUUAUUUCACGUUAUUUUAUUGUUUCCAUUUUUGUAUUUUUUGAUGUUUCUGCAAUCAUGUAGCUUCUCUAUAGUAGUCUACACUUGAAAAGAUUAGGUUUCUUUGUGUCUCUGAGCCGUUUUUUUGUGCGUGUGUUUUUCUACAAGUGCCCUAAAUAUGUCUCGCAAAAGAUGAGAAUAAAAUAUUUUCACUUCAAAUGGA